AACAAGGAGAACCCUGCAGCUGGAAGAGGGUUUCAACUUUGCCUCCAGCUCCCCCAGGGGUGCUCUUCAUGGCAGAGUUGCUCCAGACUGCUCGGUACUGCUGCUUCUGCCCUUGGAGUGGUCUGGGAACCUUGUGGGGCUUUUGCCCAAUCUCAGAAAGUUUUUCUCUUUUGUGGAUGAAUCAAGAGAACUUUAUGGGAGAAUAAACAGCCCUCUGGCUUGGAACUCGCAUUCUUCCCAGAAUGAAGGGGGCCAUCCAGCUCCUGCUCUUGGCCAGCUUUCUCCUAUCUCUCCCAAAAGAGAGCAUCUGUGCCACCCGGAGAUACUACAUCGGAGCUGUCGAGCUUUACUGGGACUAUAGGAGAAGUGAGCUGCUAGACACUCUCAGCCUGGAGCGAGGAUUUCCUCCAAGAGUCCCAGAGUCCUUUGCAUCUGAUGGCUCCACGCUGUAUAAAAAGGCCGUGUUUGCAGAAUACACAGAUAGCCUCUUUCUCCAAGCCAAGCCCAGAGCACCAUGGAUGGGUCUCCUGGGUCCCACCAUUCGGGCAGAAGUCAAUGACACGAUAGUCAUCACGCUGAAGAACAUGGCUUCCCAUCCAGUCAGCCUCCAUGCUGUUGGUAUAUCCUACUGGAAGGCCUCAGAGGGGGCCAGGUACAAUGACCAGACCAAUUACAUGGAGAAGCAAGACGAUAAAGUAGCCCCAGGUGCUAGCUACACGUAUGUCUGGAAGGUCCUGAAAGAGAACAGCCCCAUGGACCAUGACCCCCCAUGUCUCACCUACUCCUAUCUCUCCUAUGUUGACACUGUGAAGGACCUGAACACAGGCUUGAUUGGGGCUCUGCUGGUCUGUAAAAAAGGAAGUCUGGAAAGAGAUGGGACACAACACUUACAAGAGUUUGUGCUGCUCUUUGCUGUUUUUGAUGAAGGGAAAAGUUGGCAUUCAGAGCCAGAUGAGCCCAAGACACAAGCUCGGGUGCACCAGUCCAACAAAUUGUACCCCAAAGUGCACACUAUAAAUGGCUAUGUGAAUGGGUCUUUGCCAGAUCUGCUAGUGUGUCACAGGAAGUUGGUCCAUUGGCAUGUGAUUGGGAUGGGCACUGCUCCCGAAGUCCACUCGAUUUUUCUGGAAAGCCACACAUUCCUUGUGAGAAAUCACCGCCUUACCUCUCUGGAGAUCUCUCCAGCCACCUUUCUCACCGCCCAGACACUGCCUAUGGACACUGGUCACUUCCUGAUGUUUUGUCAGAUCUCAUCUCACCAACAUGAUGGCAUGGAAGCCUAUGUCCACGUGGAAGCCUGCCCUGAGAAGCCCCAGCUCCGGAUGCAGAAAGAUCCAGAGGUUUAUUAUGAUAACUACGAGGAGGACACUGAAGUGUUCCUGUUGGCCGACGCCAGUGAUUCUUCCUUCCUCCAAGCACGCUCAGUGGCCAAGAAGCACCCCAAAGCCUGGCUUCAUUAUAUUGCAGUGCAAGAGGCAGACUGGGACUAUGCACCUGCAGUCUCUGCUGACCCCUCAGCCAGUGAUUCCAAAAGUUCUUAUCUGAACAGUCGUCCUCAGCGGCUUGGCAGGAAGUAUAAGAAAGCCCGUUACGUGGCCUACACAGAUGAAACCUUCAAGACUCCUCAGUCUAGUCCACACGAAUCAGGCAUUUUGGGCCCUUUGCUUUAUGGAGAAGUUGGGGACACACUCUUGAUCAUAUUCAAAAACUUGGCAAGCCGACCAUACAACAUUUACCCUCACAGCCUUACCAGUGUUAGCCCUUUGCACUCUGGGAGACUACCUAAAGGUGUGAAAGAUGUCAAGGAUGUGCCGAUCAUGCCAGGCCAGAUAUUCAAAUAUAAAUGGGAAGUAACUUUGGAGGAUGGGCCAACUCAGGCAGACCCCAGAUGCCUGACUAGGUACUACUCCAGCUCUGUCAAUGCAGAACGAGACCUGGCUUCGGGCCUUGUUGGGCCUCUCCUCAUAUGCCAUAAAGAAACUGUGGAUCAAAGAGGAAAUCAGAUGAUGUCAGAUAAGAGGAAUGUGCUCCUCUUCUCCAUCUUUGAUGAGAACCGCAGCUGGUACUUGCCAGAGAACAUGCAGCGGUUCAGCUUGGAUGCAGGGGAAGUGCACCCCCAGGAUCCUGAGUUCUAUGCCUCCAAUGUCAUGCACAGUAUCAAUGGCUACGUGUUCAACAGCUUACACCUGGCUGCCUGUUUGCAUGAGGUGGCCUAUUGGCACAUACUCAGCGUUGGAGCCCAGACUGAUUUCCUGUCUGUCUUCUUCUCUGGCUACAUCUUCAAGCACAAGAUGGUCUUUGAGGACACACUCACCCUCUUCCCAUUUUCUGGGGAGACUAUCUACAUGACCAUGGAUAAUCCCGGUACCUGGAUACUAGGCUGCCACAACCCUGAGUUUAGGAAAAGAGGCAUGACAGCCUUGCUGAAGGUCGCAACUUGCCCCGGGAACACUGAGGAUUCUCUGGAGUACUAUGAUGAGCUACCAGCUGACUUGUUGAGGAAAGAUAGCUUCCUGGAGCCCAGAAGCUUGAGGAGCAUUCAGUAUCGGCACCCAUGCCCUGACAAGCUGCCCUUCCCAAGCACCACGGCAUCCCAAACUGAUCCUGUGGAGGAGAGCCAGGUGCCCAAGUCACAAAGCCUGAGGCUUGGCGAUACACCAGUGCUUUCCAAGCACUGCCUGGCUGGCCCAGGUGAUCUAUUCCAACCAGCUCUGGAAGAUCCAACCUACGAGCCUCUUCCUGUGGACUAUGGCCCUGGGCCAAGAGAGCAAAGUAACCUGGGCCCAGGCAGGGUGCAGGAGUUCAGGAAGCCAACUGAUUCCCUUGGUUUAAAUCACAGGUUCCAGCACCAUGGGACUGGGUCAUCAAUUCCACUUAUGUGGCCUGGCCUCCAACCCAAAAGCAGUAAGGCCACAUGGGGACGUUUGCAGGCCCCAAUCAGAGUAGCUCUGAGGAAGGAGGAUUCUGAGCUUCCCAGGUCCUCAGUGAACAUAACUCUUUCUCCAGCCCUUUUAUCUUCUGACCCAUUGGCAGCAGCCCUAAGAGACAUGACUGCACAGAUCCCUUUUGUUCAAUGGAAAGAGGCAGGGCCCAUGUCAAGACAUCCAGAAAACCUUGGAAGCCCAGAGGGACUUCCCUUAGCUAAGAAACCCACACCCAUACAGCUGAGGGACCGUAACCCUGCUGACUCUAAGGCUUUCAAAGUGGCUUCAAAGGAUAAAAAAGUAGUUUUCCUAGGAAGCAAGGUAUCUUCCCUGCUGAGGGAUGAGGGAUUCCAAGAAAAGAGUGCUCAAGAAGUCAUUGUGGCUCCUGAAGGAAAAGCCUUUGAAGGGAAUGUUUCCUUGGGCAGAUCAAAUAUGAGAGCUAGUGGCUCUGGAAGCCCUCUCAGCCUCCCUAUGGGUGGGCCAGUUGUACUGGAUGAAAGUGAACUGUCAAUCAGGAAAGAUAUUGUGUUGGUAAAAGAUACAGAGACUCAUGAAACGGCUUCUUGGGGUACCAGGAGCACUCUUCUAGACAGGAAUAGAGCUGUCCCCAUGCCCCAUCAUCUGCCAACUGAUGUUAUGGCCCUAGGAAAAGAGUUCACAGACCCCCCAAGAAAAAUACGCUCAGUUCCACUGAAGACUGACUCACCUCACUGCGAAGAUUCAUUUAAGAAGGUGUCAUCGCCAGAUUCGGCAAACAGUAAAAAUGAAAAUGAGAGAAAGGACUCCCAGAUCCUCAAGACAGAGACUGUCUCGGAGCAAACCAUGACCACAGACUCAGCACUUGAACCUUGGGACAGGAAGAUUCCCUUCUCAGAAAAGAGCACAGUGGUACCAGCAGAGAAGACAUUUACAAAUGAUCCGGACCUCAGAGGAGUGAGACCAAAGGGUAACAGCAAGAAUGUGCGGCCUACUCAGUUAGUCACUGUACAAGAGACUUAUACCCCAAGACAAAGACCACACUUUCAAGAAGUGAUGGAAAGGAAGGAAACACUGAUCUCAGCCUCACCUCCACCCUAUUUGGCCAAUGAAAAGAAGCUUCUUAAGGCCCUUUUCUUGUCAAGCGUCAAGGAGAGUGGUACAUUGGAAGGAGGAGAGGAGAAUACACUUGAGCUAGUUUUACCAAACUCACAACUAUUAACCAGUUCGUUAAGUGGUCCGACAAGUGAUGCAGGGCUUCAGAAGACUCAUUUAUUUGCCAGAGAAGGAAUACUUCAAAAGAAUGUGAAGGAAAUGAACGCAGAGAGUCAUACUUUAGACAAUCACAGUGAGCAAAGAGUGGAUAGAGACCCAAAUCCAAGUCAGAUGGGCCUACUGCUAGAAGAGCCAGAAACAGGGAGUGAGCUUGAAGACAAUGCCACAGCAAUCCAAUGGUCAAAAAUAAGGCAACUUGUACUUCAAGGUGACAUGCUCAAAGCAGACUCUGGAGAGUCACAAAAAGCUGCCACUUCCCAUCCUCCUUUGAGUAGCCAAGGGGCCUCUAGGCCAGAUGACUCCACAAUGUCUUCUCCAAAGUCUCAGGUAUUUCCAUCCCCAAACCCCACCCAGUCAGUUCAUUCCCCUUCUUACACUGACUCUUCUCAACUCCAGUCAGCAGCCCACAAUAAUGACCUCAAGGAAAGAAGCCAUGCAGCUCAAGAAGGCAACUGGAUUAUGCAGACACUCAAAGAUAGAGAUGUUAUUUUAGAUACCCUCAACUCAGAGCUUUCAGAAGGCCAAGAGGUGGGUAGCGCCCAGGAAGAGAUGACCUCUGUCCAAAGACAUCCUGUUAAGCCUGGGCAUCAAGAAAUCCCGCCUGACUUAGACACCAGAUCAGAGAUGCAGAAGGUUCCACAUUCAAGUGUCACUGACCACCUGCCUCCCUUAGCAGAGGCCGUCUCUCUUAGAGCACAGGCAACUACAGAAUCUAGUAAAGGGAUGAGGUCAGAGGAAGUGACCAUACGAAAAGGGGAAGCCAAAACUUUAGAAAGGCCUUUCCCAAAGGAAACGUAUCCUGUUUUCUGGGGUAGCCAUACUGCCAACCAAAUAUUCACAGGAGAAGAACAGAAAUCCCAAGAUCAUCAGUCAGAUGGUCAAGCUUUUCCCCAGACAGAUACUAUUCCCCACCUAAGCCUAUUCAAGCGAGGGGAGAAACUAACAGAAGGGACAAGUCAGAAACGAGCUGAGCCCCCUUCUACCUGGGGCAUGAAUUCUUCAGAGAGCCCUCAACAGCCAUUUGCCUUGAAUUUUCUUCCAAACGAAACGACCCCAACUUCUGUCCAGUCAGAGACAGAAAAGGACAGCUACGAUGACAGCAGCUUGGAAAUUCAAAUGGAAGAUUUUGACAUCUAUGAAGAUAGUGAGAGCAAGGGGCCUCGCACUUUCAAGAAACAAACUCGCCACUACUACAUUGCUGCCCAGGAAAAAAUCUGGGACUAUGGGCUCAACAAAUCUCCUCAUUUCCUAGGAGGCCGGGUGCAGAAUGACAGUGCCUGGAAAUAUAAGAAAGUGGUUUUCCAGGAAUUUGCUGAUGGUUUCUUUACAGAGCCUCUGGAUCGUGGGGAGCUGACUGAACACCUGGGGCUCCUGGGGCCAUUUAUCAGAGCAGAAGUUGAAGACUAUAUUGUGGUCACUUUCAAGAACCAGGCUUCGCGACCUUAUUCCUUCUAUUCUAGUCUCAUUUCCUAUGAGGAACAUCAGGGGCAAGAAAGUGACCUUAGAAAGAAAGAAGUGAAACCUGAAGAGACUGAAACAUAUUCUUGGAAGGUGGAGCCCCAUAUGGCCCCGACCGACAAGGAGUUUGACUGUAAGGCCUGGGCUUAUUUCUCUGAUGUUGACCUGGAAAAAGAUCUACACUCAGGGUUGAUUGGGCCAAUACUGAUCUGUCACCCUGACAAACUGAAUCCGUCUCAUGGCAGACAGUUGACUGUCCAGGAAUUUACCCUGUUCUUCACCAUCUUUGAUGAGACCAAGAGCUGGUAUUUCGCUGAGAACAUGGAGAGGAACUGCAAGCCUCCAUGCAAGGUCCAGAUGGAUGACCCUAGUUUUCAAAGGAACAACCGCUUCCAUUCAAUCAAUGGUUAUGUAAAGGAUACGUUGCCUGGAUUGGUGAUGGCUCAGCACCAAAAGAUCCGGUGGUAUCUGCUUAGCAUGGGCAGCAAUGAAAAUAUCCACUCCAUUCAUUUCAGUGGCCAAGUAUUCACUGUGCGGACAAAGAAAGAAUACAAAAUGGCAGUCUACAAUCUCUAUCCUGGUGUUUUUGAGACGGUAGAAAUGCAGCCCUCUCAAGGAGGAUUGUGGCGGGUCGAGUGCAUGAUCGGGGAGCACCAGCAGGCUGGGAUGAGCGCCAUUUUCCUAGUGUACAACAAGCAGUGUCGGAAUGCUCUGGGAAUGGCCUCUGGCCAGAUCACUGAUUCUCAGAUCACAGCUUCUGGACAAUAUGGCCAGUGGGCCCCAAAGCUGGCCAGACUCAAUCAUGCAGGGUCUAUCAAUGCCUGGAGCACCAAGGAUGCCAAUCCUUGGAUCGAGGUUGACCUGUUGAAGCCGAUGAUUAUCCAUGGUAUCAAGACCCAAGGAGCCCGACAGAAAUUCUCCAGCCUCUACAUCUCUCAGUUCACCAUCAGGCACAGUCUUGAUGGACAGACAUGGAAGAAUUACCGAGGAAACUCUACUGGUACCAUGAUGGUGUUCUUUGGGAAUGUAGAUGCAUCUGGUAUCAAAGAAAAUGUGUUUGACCCUCCCAUGGUGGCCCAGUACAUCCGCCUCCAGCCCUCCCACUUCAGCGUGCGCAGCACCCUCCGAAUGGAACUGCUUGGCUGUGAGCUCAACAGCUGCAGCCUUCCAUUAGGCAUGGAAAAUCGAAGCAUCUCCGAUGCACAGGUCACAGCUUCAUCCCACAAGGCCAGUGUGUUUGCCACCUGGGCCCCUUCCCAAGCCCGACUUAACCUGGAGGGCCGAACCAAUGCCUGGAGGCCCCAGGAGAAUGGGCAGAAGGAGUGGCUGCAGGUGGAUUUUCAGAAGGUGAUGAAAGUCACUGGAGUAAUCACCCAGGGUGUGAAGUCCAUCCUCACCAACAUGUAUGUGAAAGAAUUCUUGCUCUCCAGCAGCCAAGAUGGCAAAAACUGGACCUUUGUUCGUCAGAAUAACAAAAUAAAGAUCUUCAAGGGGAAUGAGGAUCAUACUAGCCCUGUGGUGAACCCCGUGGAGCCCCCACUGUUUGCCCGACGUCUGAGGAUUCACCCCUGGAGCUGGGCCAACCACAUUGCUUUGAGGGUGGAGGUUCUGGGUUGUGACACUCAGCAGCCGCCCUAAUGGGUUAGGUUUGGCCGAGCUUUGCUCCAAAUAGCCAUUUCCCCUUCUAGGCCGACAUCCCUUUCUCUUCCCAACCCCUCAGCUACCUCUGCCAUUAGUGAUUUAAAUACUACGGGUCAGGGAGGCUUUCUGUGAUCCUUGACUAUCUCUGGGCCUUCCCCUACUGAGGUUAAGAGAAAGGAAGGUGCCCCCUCUUUCCCAGCCCUACUCCCCCUCCCUCCAGCUCAUCCCCCUCGUUGAGUGGCAUGGAUCGCACCCUGCCUCACCUAGAAGAUGGCAGUGUAGCCGAAGGAACACUCCAGAUUGAGUACAAGAAGCUGGCUCUGGAAGGGAGGGGCUCACCUGUCCUUGCAGAGGAGGAGGUGUGGGAGGUGGAUUAUCUGUGACUAUUUCUAGUAUCCCAUUAAAAUACACUGUCUGCAAAAA